GGGACACACCCUGCCUGUAUUGUGUGUGCUGGUGAGAGAAGUAGACCAAUUGAUUCUGAGCUGUUCGCGAGACAAGACCAUCAAGAUGUGGAGCGCAUGUUGUGCGAAUGUGUUGCGCAGAUGCGGCUGUAGGGACCCUGGUUACCACUGCUUCAGGACACUCACGUCUCACAAGGCGGCAGUGAACAUGAUCCAGGCCAAUGACGAAGUGAUCGUUUCGGUGUCUGGUGACCAUGGUGCCAUUGUGUGGGAUCUCAAAACGGGCGAAGAGUUGCGGCAUUUAGUGGGUCAUCAGCGAGGCAUUGCUUGCGUCUAUCUACGAGGAAACUAUGUUGUGACAGGGUCGUCCGAUUUCACCGCUAAAGUGUGGGACUACAGAAGCGGGAAGCUCCUCAACACUCUUCGCGGUCAUACACAUCUGGUUCGCUGUCUGACAUUUAACGAUCGUAUUCUUCUCACCGGGUCCUAUGAUACGACCAUCAUUGCCUGGGACUGGCGCACGGGCACGGAGCUGUUCAAAUUCAACGAAUUCCGAGAUGCCAAAGUCUACAAAAUGCAAUUCGACGAAAAUAAGAUCAUCUCCUGUGGGGAAAGAAAUGCCGUACACAUGCGCAGCUUCACAGCGGUAGACGCGGCCACCGCUUCUGGGCUAUAAAGAAUAUAGUCCUGUGUGUGUUUAUCGUUGAACCCUGAAGGAAUUAGGUCGGUAUGUGGCGUGUGGAUGCGCGAGGUUGCUGAGGAGGGCAAGGCCUCAACCGGAUCUACACCGUUUUUCUUUGCUGGUUAAUUUCGAAGUGCGCACAAACCUGUGCUUGUUGGUGCGGGUCUGAUCCAUCAGUAAGCGCCGCAACAAUCUGCUACUAUAGUUAUGGGUGGGUACAGGAUUAACGCAUGAGUAAGAUUAAAUCCUCUCUCAGAAGUUAGUAUCUUACCGAAUUUUAUAUUGUUCCCGCUUUACUUGUACGCACCACAUUGGCGUACAUCUCAAACUGA